AUGCACACAUAUAAGUGCACAAUUUCGAUAGCUAACAUAAUUGCGAACUGCCGGAAGGAAGUGUACACGAAAAAAGAAAAGAUGUCGGACUGUGCAGCAGCUGCCGAAAAAGUUGAGGCAAUUCUGACAAGUGCCAAUGCUGAAACUGCUGCUACUGAAGACAACGCCUCGAUGGAAAUGCAGGAAGACAAUGCCAACACAGAAACUCUCCCUGUGAAGACUCCUCUCAUAGAAAGUGCUGGUAAGAAAUGGCCUCAAAGAGAUAGCCUACUUUCUGAGGAGGUGGGUACCGCCACCGCAAGUGAGAUGAAAGAGGAGAACUCAUUCCUAGUGACUCCGAAGCUUGCCAAUAUUCCUGCUGAGGACUCUACAGAAACACCCAGUGCGGCUCCCGUAAGCAUUCCCGGUGAGUUGUCUGCUAUGGAAGAGAGUAUGAGCGGCGUUGUGUUGACUGGUGAAAGCCCCCAAACGGACACUACCUCACCCAGCACACCCCGAAAGCCACAAAAGGCAGCCUUCAACGUUGACGCAAAGCCGUUUUCCCCUGUAUCCCUUAGUGAUCCGACACUACAGGCAACUUUGGUUGGCGAGACCAACGGGGUCUCGAUUAAAAUUGGCCAAUGGAGUCCACAACCAUUUGUUCCUAUUUCACACAUAUCGCCAGCAGUCCCCGCUAAUGUUGCUCACGUACCGUAUGCUGCUCCUGCCCAUGCACCAGCGCCAGCGGUAAAAAAAGAGAUAACGACGGGGAAGGAUUCCCUGUCAGCUUUUGCGAAACCAUGGAGCCCUCAUCCCGAGGUUACGGUAACUCCUAUCGUGAUUCCUGAGAGCGAAGUUAUCAUCCAUCCAGGCUCCUGGUCAGCUACGAUUGUGGAUGGAAAGGAAGUGAUAGCUCCUUCUCCUAUGGUGCUGAGGAAAUCGAGCACCAAUUUAUUUGCACACUCAUUCUUCAUUCACCCUAAAGGUCUCAAGACUGUCGAGCUCGAGCUGUUCAACUACUCCUGUGCAAGGUGCACUGUGAAGACGUUGUACGGUCGACUUUCGUCACGCCAACCGGAUGCGACAAUGCGAAACGUCAGCGUAGACGUUCCACCUCUCUGCGUAGCGCACCUCAUCGAACAGAUCACCAAGGUGAAGGUAACAGCUUUGCACUUAAACGAGUCAGAGGGAGCACAUUACGACAUUUGGCUUGAUAAGCCAAAUAUGUCAACGCAGCUUGUGGAACUCAUAUCUGGAAAUCUAUGGGCAACACCGAUGCAUCAUGGGUAUGCUGUGAUGGGGAAAAAUGAAGAAGGUAAGCGCUAUCUUCGAAGCUACGUUGAAAGGCUGAGGGACUCGAAGCCGGCAGGAUCAAAUGUGUACGAUACUGCGUUAGUGGAAGUGAAGGAACAUUAA